CUGUUAUUUCUAAAAUUCAAGAAAGAUUUCCUGAUAGACCUUUGCUUAAUUCUAUAAAAAUACUUAAUCAUGCAAAUUGGCCAGAUAAAAAAGAAGAACUUACAAAAUAUGACGAACAAAAAUUGAAUAUUUUAUCAGAAUUUUAUAAAAAAGAAGUUAAUAAGAGUGUGAUAAACGUUUUUUCACCGAAGACACCAGAAGAAAAAAAAGACUUUUCACAGUCAAUUCGCCGUAUUUGUGGCUAUUUGACACAUAGGGAUCUUUCAGCUUUGAGUUGUGUCUGUAAGGCUUUUUAUGAAGUCCUUACAACCUUUGAGAACGAAAUAUGGCGAAUUUCAAGGAUCAAAUUCAAUUUGGCAAAAGGACUUCCUCCACCAAAAGAUUUACUUGAGCGUGAAUAUGCAAAGUUGUUUAAUUAUUCUAAGGGGUGUCAAAACUGUAAAUCUUAUAAGCAUCUGCGAAUAUAUUGGCUUCCUCGUAUAAGAUCAUGUCCAAACUGUAUUAAGAUAAAUGCAAUUAGUUACAGAGACUUUGCGGAAUUAAAUUGGUGGGGAUUUCCAGAAUGUAUAUUUAGUGUUGCACCGAUUAUCUCCUAUGAAUUUGAUUUCAAGGAUGGCAUGGAUUAUUAUUGGCUUCCUCAAGUUUAUUCUUUAGCUCAAGAAUAUAGAAACCUGAAUCUCAGUAUGCAGGGUGAAGAUGUUCUAAAUAAUUGGUUAUCGACAAAGAGAAAAAAAAAAGCUGAACUAUUAGAAGAUGCAUUUUUUCGACAUAAACAAUUAAUGAACACAGAAUUUUCAAUCCUUUUUCGGACUUCAUUUGAGCCGGGGGAAUGGAUUAAAAUGAUUGAAUCGGGAACAAAUGAUGGUUCCAAGCAACGAAUUGGCAUUAAUGAAGCAACAAGAACGUCCGAGGAUCAAAAUAAUGUUGAUAAAGCUGUAAUUCCUUUUUUUGCACAGGGUGGUGAAUCGUUAUUAUCUAGUACAAAUUCAAUGAAUAAUACCAGAAAACGAAAGAAAAAACGAUCAAGGGCAGAAAAACGAUUAGAGAGGAGAGCAAGACUACUUCGAGAAAUAGAAGAGGAAGAAGAAAUUAGAAAGGAUUGUCAUGGAUUAAGUAGAGACAAGAGAACAAAGUAUAACUUAAGACGAUAUAUAAUUAAACCAAAAGAACCGAUCCCAAAAAAAAAAAAAUCAGCAUCAUCUAAUGAGAAAAUGGUUCAUAGAAGCCCAAAUCUUACAGAACAAAAAUUUAGUUUCUCAUCCUUUUUUCAAAGAAAUUUCUUUUCAUAG